AUGUCGUCUUGUGGUACCAGCAGGCUUCUGCUAAGAAGCAUCCAGAGCAUUCGAUUUCAGUCGUCGCAUUCGGCCGCACAAGUCUUGCCUCAUGCAAGCUUGCCUCCAGUGUUUACUUUGGCGACCCUUCGCUCAUUUCCGUCUUUAGAACCAUUGACUUUCGUUCCAGUGCCCGCGACAGUGUUUGAUGCGCCCCUAAGAAGAGACCUGCUUUGGAAAGCGGUAGUGUACGAAAACGACAACAAGCGUGUGGGUUCUUCGAACCCUCCCAGUAGAAGUGAGAACGGCUAUUCCAGGCGUAAGCUUUUGCCUCAAAAGGGUUCUGGUAAAGCCAGAGCCGGUGAUGCCAACUCUCCCACCAGACAUAACGGUUCCCGGGCUUUGGCCAGAUCUGCUCCCAACGACUAUACUACGAAACUGCCGCAAAAGGCUUACUCCCAGGCUAUCAUAAACGCUUUGAGCUACCAGUACAGACGGGGCAACAUUUACGUGAUCGGCGGUGCCAAUCCACUAUGCGAGACCCAUGACCUUGACCUCAACGAGCUCGAGAUACUACCCACAUCGCUGGAACACGACAACGGUGACCUCGUGUUUGAAAAAUUCCUAGAAACGCACGACCUGACGCGUGACACUUUGUUGUUUAUCGUGAACGCACCCCGCGCCGGUCUUUUCAGGUACACGGAACCCUUCAAGGACGACGUGAACAUUGUCCAGAAAGAGUUUGUGGACGUGAACGAUAUUCUAAAGGCUCGUCGCAUUUUCGUCGAAUUAGAGGCCUUGGAAUACUUGGCUGUCACGCAUACGGUAUAG